AUGGCUCACAAACUCGCAUCCUCCCAGCCAGCAUGGCAAAAGCUCCAGCAGCUCUACGAGACCAAGGGCAAGCAGAUCAACCUCGCCCAGGCUUUCAAGUCCGAGCCUCAACGCUUCGAAAAGUACUCCCGCGAGUGGAACUCCAAGGCGACCGAUGCUCGUCUCCUGCUCGACUUCUCCAAGAACUUGAUCGACGAUGAGGUGCUCGAGCAGCUCGUUGCUCUCGCUGAGCAGGCCGAGGUCAAGCAGCAGAUCGAUGCCAUGUUCGGUGGCGAGCACAUCAACACCUCUGAGGACCGCGCUGUGCUCCACGUUGCCCUCCGUGACGUCCCCGGCGACUUCAAGAUCAACGAGGCUGGCGUUGACGAGGUCAAGCCCGAGCUCGAGCAUAUGAAGGCCUUCUCGGAUGCUGUCCGAUCCGGCGCCCACAAGGGUUACACUGGCAAGACCAUCAAGAGCAUCGUCAACAUCGGCAUUGGCGGUUCCGAUCUCGGUCCCGUCAUGGUCACCGAGGCGCUCAAGCCUUACUCGAAGCGUGAUCUCGAUGCCUACUUUGUCUCCAACAUCGAUGGCACACACAUGGCCGAGACGCUCCGCGUUUGCGACCCCGAGACGACGCUCUUCAUUGUCGCAUCCAAGACGUUCACCACGCAGGAGACCAUCACCAACGCCACCACGGCGCGCGACUGGUUCCUCGAGCACGCCAAGGACAAGGCGCACGUCGCCAAGCACUUCGUCGCGCUCAGCACUAACGUCAAGGCAGCUACCGAGUUCGGAAUUGAUCGCUCUAAUAUGUUCAAGUUCUGGGACUGGGUCGGAGGUCGAUACUCGCUCUGGUCGGCCAUUGGUCUGUCGAUUGCCAUCGUCAUUGGCUACGAGAACUUCGAGCAGCUGCUGCUCGGCGCGCACGAGAUGGACCUGCACUUCAAGAACACGCCGUUGAAGGACAACCUUCCCGUGCUGCUCGCGGUGCUGGGCAUCUGGUACAUCGACUUCUUCGGUGCCGAGACGCAGGCGAUCCUGGCCUACGACCAGUACAUGCACAAGUUCGCCGACUACUUCCAGCAAGGCGACAUGGAAUCGAACGGCAAGUUCAUCACCAAGAACUCGGAGCGCGUUGACUACCAGACGGGUCCCAUCAUCUGGGGUCAGGCGGGUACCAACGGCCAGCACGCCUUCUACCAGCUCAUCCACCAGGGCACCAAGCUCAUCCCUUGCGACUUUAUCGCUCCCGUUCAGACCCAGAACCCCCUGGGCAAGCACCACGAGAUCCUGCUCUCCAACUUCUUUGCCCAGCCUGAGGCGCUGGCGUUCGGCAAGUCCGAGGCUGAAGUCAAGUCGGAGCUCGGUGCUGAGGCCUCCAACGAGUUCCUCGUCAAGAGCAAGGUCUUUGAGGGCAACCGACCUACCAACUCGAUUAUGCUCGAGAAGAUCACCCCUGCGGCACUCGGCGCCCUCAUCGCGCUGUACGAGCACAAGAUCGCCGUGCAGGGCUUCGUCUGGUCCAUCAACUCGUACGAUCAAUGGGGUGUAGAGCUUGGAAAAAAGCUUGCUCAGAAGAUCCUUCCACUGCUCGAGGGCACCGAUGCUAGCAAGGUCGACGCUGCCGGACACGAUUCUUCCACCAGCGGUCUCAUCAAGUUCUUCCUUAACAACAGGAAGUGA